GUUUUAUUGUUAGCUGUAGUCAGACGUUAUAAAAGAGCUGUUUCUUUAUCAGUAAAUCUUACUGGAUGUCUGGGGAGAUAAAACCGUAUGUGAUCAGGACUCCGUAUGAAAUAACUUUCAAGAUGAACAGCUGUUCUGUGGAGCCCCUGAACACUGUUGCUGUCAACCUCAGCCACCUAGAAUACUGCAGUCCGGAACCUCAGCACCUCACCAUCACUGUAUUGCUCUGCCUGGUCUUUCUAGUGGGCUUUGUACUGAACAGCUUCAGUUUAUGGGUCUUCUGCUAUCGUAUUUCUCACUGGACUUCUAGUAACGUCUUGCAGUUCCACCUGGCACUGAGUGAUGCUAUUAUCACCCCAGCAGCUCCUUUGAUGGCAACCUACUUCAUCAAAAGCAAUCACUGGACUUUUGGCAGCUUCCUCUGUAAGGCGAAGAUCGCCCUGCUUACCAUGCAUUUGUAUGGCAGCAUUCUGUUCCUCAUGCUCAUUAGCGUCCAUCGCUAUAUAGUUGUGGUCCAAUACAAGAAAACGUCACCUAUGAAACAAGUGAAAUUCGUUCACAAACUUUGUGGUGGAAUCUGGUUGUUAUUACUGGCUAGUGGGACAGCCAUCUUUGGUUUGUUUAACACCAGUAACGUUGGCAACCAAACUCUUUGCCUUAGCAUUCACCAAAAUGAAUACAUGCAAGUCUACUUCACGGUGAACCUAUUCAUCCUUAUCCUGGGGUUUCUUGUGCCAUUCGCGGUGACUGUGGUGUGUUACAUCCUUUUGGCCAGCUCUGUGUCUCGCAUCAACACUACCACGAAGAAAGGACGAGCCAUCAAAUCCAAAUCACACAAGACGGUGGCCAUCUGCCUGGCCAUUUUUGGCUUCUGCUUCAUGCCGAUUGCCCUGGUUCGCACCAUAGCUGUUGUGGUCAAGAUGUUCUUUCCGAAUGAGUGCAAACUACUCGUGAAGUUGGAGACAGCUUAUUACAUCUGUUGGAUUUUUGCUGGUGCCAACUGCUGCGUGGAUCCUCUGCUCUACUGCUUCGUUUCACGGGAUUUCAACAAGUGUCUUCGCACAUCCUUGAAAACUGGAGGUAAUAUUCAGGAGGAGCGUAAUAAAAAUGAGUUAUAUGAUCAAGAUUCGACAUUCAAUUCUCAACCUACCAUCUGA